CAUUCUCUCUAAUUAUAGUUUAUCCAAUUUUAAUUAAAUUUUCUUUGCUUCUCUUAUCUCCCAGCCCAAAUAGCACUCUGGAUCGAUUUGGAAUCCAAACACAUUUCGAUCCCACCAACUCUCAUCUCUACGUUCUUCCUUUCACCGGAGGAAGAACGUCGGUGACGACGACGGUGCGAAAAAAAAAUCGAUCUAUAGCGUUUUACAUUUGUCCAAGGGUUUUAUAUAAUUAGACCAUAGGAUUAACAUGGGGAAUUGCUUUGAAUCUUGCUCAAAGAAGAAUGAUAAUGAGGAUAAAAACGUUGACUCCUCAGUGAACUCGAGACCCUUUUCGUUGAUAAUUUUCCAUGUAAGAAUAUGGCACUGUCAUGGUUCAGAAGGUGAUAGUGAUACUGAAAGAAGCUCGAAUCUGUCGUAUCCAUGGAGUUUAAAACCUCUGAUUACAAGAAAAUUUGAAGCUAGAAGCGCUCUACAUGCUCCUAGCAAAGAAGGAGAAAUAAUCCAUUCCAAACAUUUGAAGUCGUUUACGUUAGAUGAGCUAAAGAAUGCUACAGGAAACUUCUGUCCGGAGAGUCUAAUUGGAGAAGGAGGGUUCGGGUUUGUUUACAAGGGUUGUGUUAAUGGUGGACCAGGAAUCGACCUCGCUGUUGCUGUAAAGAAGCUUAAAACUGAAGGGUUUCAGGGCCACAAGGAGUGGCAGAGGGAAGUGAACUAUCUUGGGAGAUUGCAUCAUCCCAAUCUGGUGAAAUUGAUUGGCUACUCCUUAGAAGAAGAGAACCGUCUUUUGGUCUAUGAGUAUAUGCCUAAUGGAAGCUUAGAAAAUCAUUUGUUUGAAAGAGGUUCCAAUGUGCUUUCUUGGUCACUACGUAUGAAAAUCGCUAUUGGUGCUGCUCGAGGACUAUGUUUUUUGCAUGAUGCCAAGGACCAAGUCAUUUACAGAGACUUCAAAGCAUCAAAUAUCCUUCUCGAUUCAGAAUUCAACGCCAAACUCUCAGACUUUGGAUUGGCCAGAGAAGGUCCAAAAGAUGAUCGUUCACACGUGACAACCGAAGUCAUCGGGACACAAGGUUACGCAGCUCCAGAGUAUCUAGCUACAGGUCAUCUAACUACGAGAUGCGACGUCUACAGCUUCGGUGUUGUCUUGCUAGAGAUUCUCUCAGGACGUAGAGCCAUAGACAAAAACAGAGCUAGAGAAGAAGAAAACCUAGUGGAAUGGGCCAAACCUUACUUGCGAGACAAGCGAAAAGUGUUUAGGAUAAUGGACACUAAGCUUGUGGGUCAAUACCCUCAGAAAGCAGCGUUUAUGAUGUCUUUCUUGGCUUUACAAUGUAUCGGAGAGGUUAAGGUUAGACCAUCGAUGCCUGAGGUUUUGUCUCUUCUUGAGAAAGUACCGAAUCCAAGACAUAGAAAGAGUAGAAGCAAAAGUUUUGUUACCAACUCUUCUCCUGCCUUCAAAACGGUUUCUCAGACACACUAAAAGACAAAGUCCUCAAAACUCCAUUAUAUAUAAUCCGUUAUCCGUGUCAGACACUAUGUAUUGUUUGUUUUGGAUAGUUCUUUUUGGUGGGGUAUAGUUUUUUUUUUUGUUAGCUCACAAAUAGCUUUAUAAUCAAUUCGAGAACAUAAAUAAAAAGAUAGCCAUGAUUUAUAAUAAAUUAUAAUCCA